CAGCAGCAGCGCCUCCGCUUCCGCCUCCUCCCCCCGCGCCCAACUCCGCCCCCCCGGCCCCAAAAAGUCCCGAUUCCAAAAUCGCCACAACAACAACAAAUCCCAACACGAACUUUGCGGAGGCCCGGCGGGCCGGCGGGGGGAGGGCGGGAGGGCCGGCGCGGGGCUGGGCAGAGGCGCUCCAUGUGCCCCCGGGGAGCCGGGCGGGGGGACGCGGGGACGCCCCCUCCGCGCGCUGCUGGCCGCCCCCGCCUUCGGGCCGAGCCCAGGAAGCGGCCGAACCUCGCCGGGCCCCGGGAGGAACUGUUGACAAUUAAGAGAUGAAACUCUUCAAAAGAUGGAGGCAGAGAAGGACUCGGGAAGAAGGCUGCGAUCAAUUGGUAGGAGGCUAUAUGACGAAAACGAAGACCUUUCCGACGUGGAAGAAAUUGUCAGCAUCCGGAGUUUCAAUCUGGAGGAGAAAUUAAGGAGCAAAAUGUAUCGCGGGGAUUUCGUUCGGCCCAUGGAGGGGAAAGAUUUCACUUUUGAGUAUGUGCAGCGAGAGGCUCUCCGAGUCCCCCUCGUCUUCAGAAGUAAGGAUGGACUGGGAAUUAAGAUGCCAGACCCAGAUUUCACGGUGCGAGAUGUGAAACUCCUCGUGGGGAGCCGUCGGAUUGUGGAUGUGAUGGAUGUGAACACACAAAAAGGCAUCGAGAUGAGCAUGUCCCAGUUUGUGCGCUAUUACGAAACACCAGAGUCUGAACGUGAGAAGCUCUACAACGUGAUCAGCCUGGAGUUCAGCCACACAAAGUUGGCGAGCAUCGUCAAACGACCAAAUGUGGUGGACUUAGUAGACUGGGUGGACAACAUGUGGCCCCGCCAUCUGAAGGAAAGACAGACAGAUGCCACCAAUGUCAUUUCGGAGAUGAAGUAUCCCAAAGUUAAAAAGUACUGUCUGAUGAGCGUGAAAGGAUGCUUCACGGAUUUUCACAUUGAUUUUGGGGGCACUUCAGUUUGGUAUCAUGUUUUUCGAGGAGGGAAGAUUUUCUGGUUGAUCCCUCCCACUUUGCAGAACCUAGAACUCUAUGAGGAGUGGGUUCUCUCGGGGAAACAAAGCGAUAUAUUUCUGGGAGACAGGGUGGAGCGAUGCCAAAGAAUUGAGCUGAAACAAGGGCACACUUUCUUCAUUCCUUCAGGGUGGAUCCAUGCUGUCUAUACUCCAGUAGAUUCCCUGGUGUUUGGUGGAAACAUCCUGCACAGCUUUAAUGUUCCCAUGCAGCUUCGCAUCUAUGAGAUUGAGGACAGAACAAGGGUGCAGGCCAAGUUCCGUUACCCUUUCUACUAUGAGAUGUGCUGGUAUGUUCUGGAGAGAUACGUGUCUUGUGUGACCCAGCGCUCCCACCUCAGCAAAGAGUACCUGAGAGAAUCAAUGUUAAUUGAUGCAACAAGGAAGCGCAGCUUAGAUAGCUUCUCAUCGGAUUCUUGGGUCGAAAUGGAUGAAGAAUUGUGCGAUGUCCGUGCUCAGGAGGAGAAGGAUGACAACUUGGAUAAAAUCCCCAAGCCUUCAGCCGACGGUUCCUCCUCUCCCAACAGCACACACUCAGAAGGGAAGGAGAUUUCGGGGAAGAAGCAGAAAUCCACAGCCAGCAGGUACCUCAAAAGAACUUUGUCCAACGAGUCGGAUGAGAGUGUAAAGUCAACUCCGGCGGAGUAUCCCAAAACACCCACAGGGUCACCAGCCACAGAGGUCGCGGCCAAAUGGACUCACCUGACUGAGUUUGAACUGAAAGGGUUGAAAGCCCUCGUUGAGAAACUGGAAUCGCUGCCAGAGAAUAAGAAAUGCAUCCCAGAAGGCAUAGAAGAUCCUCAGGCUUUGCUAGAGGAUAUGAAGAACAUCCUGAAGGAGCAUGCGGACGAUGACCAGAAUCUUGCCAUUUCUGGGGUCCCUGUGGUAUCCUGGCCGAAGAAAAACACAAAGAAUCGAGCUGUUGGGAGGCCAAAGGGUAAGUUGGGACCCACCUCUGCUGUAAAGCUUGCGGCGAAUCGGACGACUGCGGGGGCACGCCGGAGAAGGACGCGAUGUCGCAAGUGCGAGGCCUGCCUGCGCACCGAGUGUGGCGAGUGUCACUUCUGCAAAGACAUGAAGAAGUUCGGCGGGCCGGGCAGAAUGAAGCAGUCAUGUAUUAUGAGACAGUGCAUUGCGCCGGUGCUGCCUCACACUGCUGUGUGCCUGGUAUGUGGAGAAGCUGGGAAGGAAGACACCGUGGAAGAGGAGGAGGGCAAGUUCAACCUGAUGCUUAUGGAGUGCUCCAUCUGCAAUGAAAUCAUCCACCCUGGAUGCCUUAAGGUGCGGGAAUCAGAUGGCGUGGUCAACGACGAGCUACCUAACUGCUGGGAGUGUCCCAAGUGCAACCACGCCGGGAAAACGGGGAAACAAAAGCGCGGACCAGGGUUCAAAUAUGCGUCCAACCUCCCUGGCUCACUCCUGAAAGAGCAGAAGAUCAACCGGGAAAACAAGGAGGUUGUCCCAGAUGCUACCAAGCGCAAAGUGGAGUGUGAGGAGCCACCCCGGAAGAAAUCCGAUGAGCAUCCCAAAAAGCCCCCCCUGGACCCUCUGCUGAGGAGGAAGUCUGAAGAUGUCCACCUGCGGCGGAAAAGAAAAUUUGAGAAGCCCCAGGAACCUGCCAUGAGGAAACGGCUAAAACUAGGCAAAGAAGAGAAGCUGUUUAGGAAAAAGAGGCGAUCAUGGAAGGCUACGGAUGACCGAACGACCAUGAUGAAGCCUUUGCGGCGCUUCAAGCAGGAGCCAGAGGAGGGCCUACCAGAGGAGCCACUAAAGAGCAAAGAGAGCGACCAAUCUCGUUCAAGCUCCCCCAUGGCAGGGCCGAGCUCAGAGGGUGCCGAGUCCCGCAGUGACAAGAAGAAGUUCAAGAUCCGGCGGAAAAACCGCGUUCCAAACAAGGAGCUCAGCAAGGAGCUCAGCAAAGAGCUCAAUCAGGAGAUCCAAAAGACCGAGAACAGCCUUGCCAACGAGAACCACCAGCCCAUUAAGUCGGAGCCGGAGAGCGAGAACGAAGAGCCCAAGCGAGUUCUCUGCCCUGAGCGGUCCCACCGCUUCAGCAAAGGCCUGAAUGGGGCGCCCCGGGAGCCCCGUCACCAACUCUUGCCGAGCCUGCGCAGCAGCACCCCCCGGGCAAUUGCUCGGCCACCUCCCUCCCUGUCACCACCCAAGUGCAUGCAGAUGGAACGCCAUGUCAUCCGGCCACCCCCCAUCAGUCCCCCUCCGGACUCGCUUCCCUUGGAUGAUGGGGCUGCCCAUGUGAUGCAACGGGAAGUCUGGAUGGCUGUCUUCGGCUACCUCAGCCAUAGCGAACUGUGUGUCUGCAUGAGGGUGUGCAGAACUUGGAACAGAUGGUGCUGUGAUAAGAGGCUCUGGACCAAAAUAGACCUAAAUCAUUGUAAAUCCAUCACUCCCCUUAUGCUCAGUGGUAUUAUUAGGAGGCAGCCAGUCAAGCUGGAUCUCAGCUGGACAAACAUAUCCAAAAAGCAGCUGAGCUGGCUCAUCAACAGGCUCCCAGGUCUGCGGGAUCUGGUCUUGUCUGGGUGCUCAUGGAUUGCAGUGUCUGCUCUUUGUAGUUCCAGUUGUCCGCUCCUCCGAAUUCUGGAUGUCCAGUGGGUGGAAGGCUUAAAAGACGCACAAAUGAGAGACCUUUUGUCACCACCAACUGACAACAGGCCAGGCCAGAUUGACAAUCGGAGCAAACUACGCAAUAUUGUGGAGCUGCGCCUGUCCGGCUUGGACAUCACCGAUGCUUCCCUACGCCUGAUCAUCCGGCAUAUGCCACUGUUGGCCAGGCUCAACCUCAGCUACUGUAACCACAUGACAGAUCAGUCUGUUAAUCUGCUGACAGCUGUGGGCACCACCACACGGGACUCCCUAACAGAAGUUGUCUUGCAAGACUGUAAUCAGGUGACUGGCCAGUGCCUCUCCUAUUUCAAGCGCUGUGGGAGCAUCUGCCGGAUUGACUUGAGGUACUGCAAGCAAGUCACCAAGGAAGGCUGUGAGCAGUUCAUAGCGGAGAUGUCUGUGAGCGUUCAGUUUAGCCAGGUGGAGGAAAAACUGCUGCAGAAACUGAGUUAGUAUUGUCAAGAGCAUGCUUGUAAAUAGUUGAGAGAGAAAAAGACUCUAUGAGGACACAGAGGGAAUUUUAUUUUUGGUUGGAAGAUGCCAGAUCGCCCACGUGUCAAAAGGUGCAAGCCUGAACAGGAACCUGUGGGAUUCAAGCCACCUACACCUACCGUUUCAGCCUCUGGACGAUUAUCUGAUGCUCUAUCCAAGUUCUUUAAUUUCCAGUGAUGGCAGCUAAGGAUUGUUCAUGCCUAGAGCAAAAGCGGGAGUUUACCCCUGUAAGAACCGUCACAGCUUGGGAGCAUGUACUUUUACAAAUGUCGUGGCAGAUAUCAGCAGCAAUGUUCAUUUUGGUGUCAGUAAUGUGGGCCAUACCUUGCAUUUUUUGCCUUUUGAACACUUUUUGUUACAUCCUACAUUAUGCAGAACUAUUUUUGUACAAAUUUGUUUAAAAAAAAUUAUUUAUGCAAAGUUGUUGAAUGCAUUGAAAGUGUUUCUCUUUGGUUUCAAGGUGCCAAGUUCUAUAGUUGGAGAGAGUUUAACCUGAACUUUGCAGAGAAAUGGCCUGUUGGCAGAGGUUGGCCCACUUUUUGAAGUAGGGCAUCCUUAAAUGAAAAAGUACGUUGUAGUGGAAGUUUUAUCCUGCUUUGUAUAAGCUGGGACCACCCUAAGCAUGUUGGGGAAAGGAAGUGUAACACCCAGUCCAAUGAAAGAAUGCACUGCCAAGUUGUAUUUGUGUAAAUUCUCAGUUUUGGAACUUCUAAUGAGAGCUUUUGCACAGGGGAAGGUAUUCGAGGUCAGCAUGGGGGUACUCAGAGGAGUGUAUAGAUGCAUAUACCACACGUAAACAGUCUUGGUUUUUAUGUUCUGGUUUGGAAGUACAAGUUGAAUUCUUAUUUUCCAGUUUAAGAUGGGCAAUCCUUGGUUGUAAAAAUUCAGCCUACAUAAGUGCCAUUGUUGUCAUGUGGUGUUUUUCCCCCCAUAGACCAGCCUUCCUGACACUUACCUCUGUUGAAUUUGUAUAAAUGAUUGUACAAAAAUAACAAAAGCCUUCCUGUUGAAUUUUUAUUGGCGUGUGAAUGCUGACAGGCAUUGGAGAUGUUUAACUUUCUGAAGAGCUGCUUUUGGAGAGAGAUGUGGGUAGUACUUCACCCAACUUUCUCCUUACAGGGCCUGAUAGUAAACUCAUGUUCGCCAACACAACUUGACUCAAACCAGUGUGGUGUACAGUGGCUGGAGGAGCAGACUUGGUUCUGGGAGACCCAGGUUCAAAUCCCCACUCUGCCAUGAAAGCUUGCUUGGGGUGGUCCUUGGGCCAGUCACAUACACUCCUCCUGCCAUAUCUCACAGGGAUGUUGUGAGGAUAAAAAUGGAGGAGAGGAUAACAAUAUAAGCCAUUUUGGGUUGCUGUGGGGGAGAAGUGCAUGAUAUAAAUAAAUGGCCUCCCAGAAUGCCACCUUUUGGCCCAGAGCCUCUGGUUGCUGACACCUCAAGUCCGAACAACCGUUCCAUUGUAAAUAGGGCCUUGUUAUUUAAAAUGAACCUGCCACCGGAGGCAGAAGUAGGCCCAACACUGGGUUUGUGUGCAUAGUCUCAAAGCUGACUCAGUUUUCCCUCCUCCUCUUUUUCAGCUGAGUGUAACAAGGUUUUCAAGACUGUAUUCUCUACCGCCGGCCAGCAUCAGUCUUGGUUUUCUUUCAAGAGCUGCAUACAGGCUUCAAGAGGAGUAACAAAUGGGAAGCUAUAAUGCUUGCAACUCACCUGAUCAAAGAAACUCAGUUAAAGUAAAUGUCCUGCCAGCUGCAGUCAACCUCGGCUCCUCUUGAAAGAGCUCAAAAGACACGCUAGCCCCUGCUUGGGCCAUUUACACAGCCCUCCUAACCAGAGCCACACACUUCAAUGGGCUUAGAAGGGUGUAUC